ACUGCUAUCCGCCAGGAGCAUUCUAGUAACCAUGGUGACUGUCUCCGAGAUAUGUUGGCUCAUCGUAUCAAAACAAUGGAUUCACUCACUUGGGGAGAUCUGUGCAAGAGUCUUAGACAUGUCACAGUAGGACGCAGUGAUGUGGCUGAUGAAAUCGAAGCAGGACAACCAGACAGCUCUGUAUGCAGCCAGUAGUCAUGGACAUGAUGAGAUAGUGAGGGUCCUCUUAGCAGCCAAGGCUACAGUCAACACUGAGGACAAGGAUGGACAGACCCCUCUUUACAUAGCCAGUUACAUUGGUCAUCAGAAAUGUAUGGAGCUCCUAAUCAAUGCUGGGGCCAGUGUUGAUGUGACCACAGAAGAGGAUGGAGCCACUGCAUUGUAUGUAGCCGCUCAGAAUGGUCAUGUGAGGGCAGUUCAAGUGUUAAUCGUGGCAAAGGCUCAAGUGAACAUUCAAAAGACGGAUGGUUGGACAGCAUUGCACAUUGCCAGUCAGGAGGGUCACUGUGAAAUUGUUAGAAUGUUGUUGGAGGCCAAAGCUGACGUCAACAUCAAGACUACUUUGGGAGCGACCCCUCUUUGGGCAGCCAGUUUUCAUGGUCAACAGAAAUGUAUGAAGCUCCUAAUCGAUGCUGGGGCCAAUGUUGAUGUACCCAAUGAGGGAUACACUGCGUUGUGGGUAGCUGCUCAGAAUGGUCAUGUGAGGGCAGUGGAAGUGUUGAUUGCUGCAAUGGCUCAAGUGAACAUUCAAGCGAAGGAUGGAGCCACUGCAUUUUACGUGGCCAGUCAGAAUGGUCACUGUGGAAUUGUUAGAAUGUUGUUGGAGGCCAAGGCUGACGUCAACAUCAAGAAUAAUAACAACCAGACAGCUCUGCAUGUAGCCAGCAGUAAUGGACAUGACGAGAUAGUGAGGGUCCUCUUAGCAGCCAAGGCUACAGUCAGCACUCAGGAGAAGUCGGGACGGACUCCUCUUUGGACAGCCAGUUUUAGUGGUCAACAGAAAUGUAUGGAGCUCCUAAUUGAUGCUGGGGCCAAUGUUGAUGUACCCAAUGAGGAUGGAGCCACUGCGUUGUAUGUAGCUACUCAGAAUGGUCAUGUGAGGGCAGUGGAAGUGUUGAUUGCUGCAAUGGCUCAAGUGAAUAUUCAAGCGAAGAAUGGAGCCACUGCAUUGCACAUUGCCAGUCACAACGGACAAUGUGAAAUUGUUAGAAUGUUGUUGGAGGCCAAGGCUGACAUUCACAGCAGGGAUAAUAACAACAGGACAGCUCUGAAUGCAGCCGGUAAGAAUGGACAUAAUGAGAUAGUGAGGGUCCUCUUAGCAGCCAAGGCUACAGUCAACACUCAGACCAAGAUGACUACUGUUACCCCUGAAUGCAAAGCCAACUCCCCCGCUACCCCUGAGAACCCCCCUGCUACCCCCUCUGCUACCCCUGAGAGCCACCCUGCUACUCCCUCUGCUACCCCCUCUGCUACCCCUGAGAGCCCCCCUGAGAGCCCCCCUGCUACCCACUCUGCUACCCCUGAGAGCCCCCCUGAGAGCCCCCUGCUACCCCCUCUGCUACCCCCUCUGCUACCCCUGAGAGCCCCCCUACUACCCCCUCUGCUACUCCUGCGAACCUCCCUGCUACCAAAGCCAUCUCCUCUGCUACCCCUGAAUACGAAGCCAUCUGUAGCUGCAGAGUGGAGUUAA